AUGGUUAGAAGAUCGACAAGACUAGCAGGAAAAAGAGAAUUGGAGGCAGAGGAGGAGGUUAAGCAGGAGGAGAAGCCCAAUAAAAAAGUAACUAAGCAAACUAAGAAGGUGAAGAUCCCCAAGGGGGACGAAGAGGAACACGACGUGAAACAAUCAAAUGGCUCCAGCAAAUCCUCUGAAAAAGCUGCCGUUCCUGUUUCUGCUCCUUCCACAAAGUUGGAGGUUGGAGACAAAAUCUCAGAUCUGGAGCUGUUGAAUCAGGACUCUGAACCGGUCAAACUUACAGACCUUGCUGCUAAGAAACCAAUCUUAGUCAUUUUUGCCUACCCAAAGGCUUCCACCCCUGGAUGUACUAGGCAGGCAAAGGGUUUUGGUAAAAACUACGAGGAACUGAAGAAGUACGCCACGGUAGUGGGGUUAUCAGCCGAUUCUCCUAAUGCUCAGAAAAAUUUCAUCAGUAAACAGAGUCUGCCAUAUGAUCUGUUGACUGAUCCUUCAAGAGAAUUCAUUGGACUAUUAGGUGCCAAGAAACAGCCAAAAGGGGUGGUGAGAAGUCACUGGAUUUUUGUAGAUGGAAAAUUAAAAGUCUCCCAGGUUGGUAUUUCACCUGAAAAGAGUGUGCAAAGUGCAUAUGAUCAAGUCUUAGAAUUAGCAGGUAAAUAA